AUGUUCGAAGUGAAUCACAGAGGCUGCUCGCUUAACGACAAUGAUCCAGCAGUUCCACCAGCGUUCGUCGUCCUUUCGUUGAACGGCGCCCGCCAGCGUCGAAGCGUUCAUUCCGAAGAGGCGGAGCCAUUCGGCUAUGAGAGGGGCGUGGGCGAUGACGUUGCCCUUCUGCGAGCGGCGCUACCGUCUUCCGAACGCUGCAAACGUUCGGAUGCCAUACACCAAGACAUGGAUGAGUUGGGUGGGAUGUGUUAG